AUGCGCGCCGAGGGCCGCAAGGAGGAAAAAGACGCAUGCGGCACCGGCAGCCGCCAUCACGAUCACGUGACGGCUCGCUUCGACAUCGACGAGUUGUCAUGCAUGAUCUACGCGUACAACUCUGACGAAGUCGUGUCGGAUCCGCCACUGCUGGCAGCUCCGAUCCUGGAGAACUGCAGCGAGCAUUCGGGCGAGACACCAAAGCCGGAACGAGCAGCCUGCCUGGCGAUUGCAGAGGAGGUUACUUGCCUUUCCCAGAGCCUGCAUCUCUGUUCGCUGAGCGAUGUGCAGGAGGACGUGGCGUUGGAAGAUGUAUCGGACCGGUGCUUGGUGGCCUCGGAGCGCACCAAGGCGACACUCUGGGGACCAGAACUCCGGCGUCUCAGCGCUGAGCUCACGGGGCCCUCGAAGCCAAGGGCUCCUGCUGCCCUGGCAAACGCGUCGAUACAGCUUGCAGCUGUAGCCGAGGGUCUCCGGCAGGAGCCGGGAGCCGGUGUGUCGCUCCCCUCAACUGAGCCGCCGUCCCCGCCACCAGGCCCCGCGGAGGCAGCCACCCCAGCGAGCUAUGCGCAGCUGCUGCGCCAGGUGGACCAACUCCAAGGCGCCCUGGCGCGCGAGAAGCUCGUCAGCUCGUCCCUUCAGGCCGAGAUCGACGCCAUGCGAUCCCUGCGCGGCACAGGGCUGCUGAUAUCCUGA